GUCGGCGUCGGUGUAGCAGCUGCGUGUGCGAGACGGAAAACCGCCUGCACGGAGGUGACAAAGCCCCGUGAGGUGGGAAGCCGAGUUGCCAUUAUGCCUCAAACCCGAUCUCAGACACAGGCUAUAAUCAAUUUUCCAAAAAAGAAGCUAUCUCGGACAUCGGAGAAAGCUAAAAACUGUCGGGACACCAAACUAGAGCUCGCAAAUGCUCAAGCCCCUCCCCAUUCUCCUUGUGAAAAAAUCCUGCCUCUCAGCCCCAGGAAACGUCUAGGGGAUGACAACCUAUGCAACACUCCCCGUUUACCGUCCUGUUCGCCACCAAAGCAAGGCAAGAAAGAAAAUGGCCCCCCAAGCGCACGUAUGCCUAGGGGGGGGCGCAGAUUGGUAUUUGACAACCAGCCGACAACGAAGUCUCCCAGGAAAAGAGAACAGGUCAGAGCUCCCCAAAACAAGGCACGUCCUCCAGUCCAGAAAGGCCCCGAGGGGGCGACGCAGCCUGAGCAGAGAAGGCCGCUGGAGAAAGAGGCAGCCCGGAUAGGACUGUUCAAGCAGGAAGGCACUUGCUACCAGCAAGCAAAGCUGGUCCUGAAUACAGCUGUCCCGGAUCGGUUGCCUGCCAGGGAGAAGGAGAUGGAUGUCAUCAGGAAUUUCCUGAGGGAGCACAUCUGUGGGAAAAGAGCUGGAAGUCUUUAUCUUUCUGGUGCUCCUGGAACUGGAAAAACUGCCUGCUUAAGCCGAAUUCUGCGAGACCUCGAGAAGGAACUGAAAGGCUUUAAAACUAUCAUGCUGAAUUGCAUGUCCUUGAAGAAUGCUCAGGCUGUAUUCCCAGCUAUUGCUCAAGAGAUUUACCAGGAAGGAGGAUCCAGACCAGCUGGGAAGGACAUGAUGAGGAAGUUGGAAAAACAUAUAACUGCAGAGAAGGGCCCCAUGAUUGUAUUGGCGUUGGAUGAGAUGGACCAGCUGGACAGCAAGGGGCAGGACGUAUUGUACACACUGUUUGAGUGGCCGUGGCUAAGCAGUUCUCGAUUGGUGUUGAUUGGUAUUGCUAAUACCUUGGAUCUUACAGACAGGAUUCUGCCCAGGCUUCAAGCUAUUGGAAAAUACAAGCCCCAGCUGUUGAACUUCCCACCUUAUACCAGAACUCAGAUAGCCACUAUCUUGCAGGAUCGGCUUAAUCAAGUGUCUAGAGAGCAGGUUCUGGAUAAUGCUGCCAUUCAGUUCUGUGCCCGCAAAGUCUCAGCUGUGUCGGGUGACGUUCGCAAAGCGCUAGAUGUUUGCAGGCGAGCUAUUGAAAUUGUCGAGUCAGAUGUCAAAAGCCAAACUAUCCUCAAACCACACGCUGAAUGUAAAUUGUCUUCUGAGCCUGUGAUUCCCAAGCGAAUUGGUCUUGCUCACAUAUCUCAAGUUAUUUCAGAAGUUAAUGGGAACGGGAUGCCUUUGAGCCAAGAAGGAGAGCGAGACUCCUUCCCUCUCCAGCAGAAGAUCCUAGUCUGCUCUUUUCUGCUCCUGACCAGGCAGCUGAAAACCAAAGAGGUCCCUCUGGGGAAGUUAUAUGAAGCCUACAGUACCGUCUGUCGGAAACAGCAGGUGACAGCUGUGGACCAGUCAGAGUGUUUGUCACUUUCAGGGCUCUUGGAGGCCAGGGGCAUUUUAGGGUUAAAGAAAAACAAGGAAACCCGCUUCACCAAGGUGUUUUUGAAGAUUGAAGAGAAGGAAGUAGAACAUGCUCUGAAAGACAAAACUUUCAUUGGGACGAUCUUAGCAACUGGAUUGUCCUAACCUCUUCUCUCACUCUUAACGCCCCACCCGAAAGCGGUCAGCUGCCAUUUGUGGAGCCAUGAACUCUUCAUUUUUGAACUUUAUUUUCAGGCCCUGAAAGAAGUAUGAGCUUUUUACUUGAAACCAGUGAAUUUUAAUCUACAGACGUGAGAACAUUAGCACAGAAAAAUGUCCUUGAGUCUUUUUGUUUUUACCCAUAACAAGGACCAAGUAGACCAACCCUUUUAAGUUUCUUAUACUACCUUUGCCAUUUCUGUGUCUCCUACAAAUACUCUGGCAAAUAUCCAGGUGUGUGUUGUGGGAUGUGCACCUGUUGCCUCUUGGGUUCAUGUGUUUUGUUAAGAACGUUGGGUUGGAGUAAGAAGGACUGAAAAAGGAUGAUGCAGGAAACCAAGCAAGUCCCUCGUGGAGAUUUGGAGGACACUUUGGUCAAAGAAUUUCUUUGGGACUGUUCUGUGUCCACAGCAUGAGUGCUGCUGCACUCUGACAUUUUAGAGAUUCGUCUGUUACCUGGGGCGGGGUGGCAAAGGAAAACAAUGUUACAGAUUGUGAAUAUAUUUAUUUCCCAGUCAUA